CUGGUAAUUCUAAAAUCUAUGAGGUUUCUCACCGCCACUGCAUCAUCGACCAGUUCAAUUGUAAAGGAAGUUCUGAGCGUUAGAAUUGGCUCCAAAAUAUGAAACUUCGCGUAGCAAGCAAUACCUAGGUAUCGAUGCAAAUCCUCAGCCUCAGCCUUGCACGAUUAGUCACUACGAGCUAAACCUUAACGAGUGCUGAGUCGCUUGCAACAGAUGUGGUAGCCUUCCAAGAUUAACCUCACAGCCUUACUACCUAGGUGGGCAUGAACACCACUUGGAAACAUACAUGUUGAAGACCACAGAACUCUCGUUAUGCAAUCCCUCGUUUGGGCCUCUCAUAUACCGUUGUAUAUCACUCAUCCUUCUUCUACAAUACCUUAUUUGAUCAAUAUACCCCGAGUCUCUUAUCUGCCGCUCCUUCUCCCGCGAUUGCUCUCUUUCUUCGGGGAAAAUGUUACAAGUUUUUCCUAUGAAGGAAUUCUAUUGAAGAAUCUACCAGUCGGUCUUUUAUGUGAUCUAUAUCAACCAGAAUUGCCAUGGAGAAUAGAGUUAGGAGAUGGCCCAUCUUUUGAUAUUCAUGAUACUUUUAUCAAUAGCGUCAAAGAAGCCGAUUUCAUACGCAAUGGAAAUGCAAAGGGGAUCAUGAGCAUGUCAAAAGAACAUUCGACACAAUUAUGGAACUCAGUUCAAGAUAACGAUCUUCACACCUACCUCAAGAUUUCCACCAUCCUCCUCAACCCCGCUACUCCUCUAAAACAUAUUCCAUUACGUAUAUACCUACCUUCAUUCUCAUCUCCAUCUUCAACUCCUCAUCCAGCUUCCUCGAGUUCAUCAAAAGCUCCAGGUACUUCUUCUCCACCUCCACCACUUUUCGCAUUUAAAACGGUACAAACUCUCAUACAACCACAAACUGCAUCUCGUGAACCUCAAACAUUGGGAGGGGCCCUCAAUACUAUUCUUCCCAGUUUGUUUCCAAGUAGGAGAGAUGCGAUUUUAGCGGAUGUCAUCUUACAUGGGGCAACAGUUCCGUUCAAGGCACCAUUGGAGGAUUUAAUGAGGGAAGCGAGUUAUGCGGAUGGAUGGUUAAAUGUGUGUGUUGUUAUGCUGAAUUGAUAUUAGAAGUGAUGAUUAUAAUGAUUACGAUGACUUUAUGAAAAGGAUGAAAUGGCGUUUUUGAACCUUUUGGAUUUCAGCUGGGGAAGAUCGAGGCUGUAAUUACAAUCACCUAGUGGAUAAUUGAUUGAUGAAAACAUUACAAUGUCCGAUCAACUUAAGAGUUAUUGACUGAAGACUUUUUAUGGAUUUGUUUCCUAUAUGAUAGUUUCUCCAGCCAAUGCAGAAUUCGUUAAUAUAAGUAUUUCUUGCUUUGUCAUAAUUCAACAAGUGUGGUUAUUAAGCUAUAUCAAACUUCCGUAUAUCAUUUUCAUUGAUUUAAUAACCUACAAUAGCACAAUUCUCAUUCGACGUCAACCAACUCAAUCUAUCAUACCACAUCAUCUGCAGAUUCUGACACAAGGAUCCUCAAUUUCCUCACCAAUAGCGAAAAGCUCUUCGACUAGCUGUUCUUCCCAAGAAAGGCUAGAGGGAAAUUUCGACCUUGGUUCAUCACGAUAGCUCAGAGCUUGGGAUGUUUGGGUAACAGGAGAUUACUGUUCUUGCUAGUGGUUUUAUUGAACUUUAUAUCUGAGAUUGGUAUGCUGGUUUUGUUCGAUGUUCGAUGUUUGAUGUUUGGGCGAAGAUGGUUACUUCGAUAUUUGUGGGUAGUAAUUGUGAUGUGUCAUGUCUUUAUUGCAUAGUAGGUUUUAUUCUAUCAGUGGUGCUCUCUUUUAGGAGAAAUGAGGAAUGGGCUGUGUGUAUGUUAUGUUGAAAUUGUAAGUGGUUAUUCAUGUUGAUAUGCAGCGGUGUUUUAUGGAUUGAGGAUUUGAGGUUUAGUGAAUCAUUGCUCGAGAUGGAUGGGUAGAAGGUUUACGUGUCUGUCUGACUAUUGUUUGUAUCGAAGGUUGUAUAUAUAUAUUUUUUUUUUCAUUAUCUUACAGAGUACAGCAGACUUGAAGUUGGGAGGUUGAUGACAACGAUUUGGAGAAGUUUGAGGCAUUUCGAAUGAUUUUUUUUUCCCUCUGGAUAUGCAUGGUGUUGAGGUUUAAGAAGGGUUCUGUGGUUGUAUUUUUGUUUUUUGUAUUUU